AAACGGAAGGUCAAGGGGUCAGAGGGUAAAGGCUAUUGCCCCAGCAUUCUCGCCUGUAGGAUACACAGCCAUCUUGGAUCUGCGAGGAGAGGGUAAAUUAAUGCGGUGACAAACGGAAUGUUCAGUGCAACGAGAAAGAAGUUUGGGGAGGGGGUCGAAAGUGACUACCCUGAUGAAAUAUACUAUAGCCAGACGUCAAUGUUCCCGCAUCGAUCGGAGAAAGACAUGCUGCCAUCUCCCUCGCCGUCAUCGUCAGGUCAAUUGUCACAACUUGGUGCGAGUUUGUAUGGUCCGCAAAGUGCACUAGGUUUCUCAAUAAGGGGCAUGAGCAACAACAACCCUCAACUGAACCGGAAUUUAACACAAGGCACUCAGUUACCGAGCCAUAGCACUCCGACAACAGGCGUCCCAACAAUGUCCCUCCACACACCACCUUCGCCGAACAGGGGCAUCCUGCCUAUGAACACCAGGAACAUGAUGAGUUCGCAGGUAGGGCAGGGCAUGGGCAUGAGCGGCAGGACCAACAGCAUGGGCAGCUCUGGCCUGGGUAGCCCUAACCGCAGCUCUCCCAGCAUUAUCUGCAUGCCCAAGCAGCAGCCAGCACGCCAGCCAUUCACCAUCAACAGUAUGUCAGGAUUUGGAAUGGGCCGGAGCCAGGGGUUUGGCAUGAACUCCUUAUCCAAUAACAUCUUCAACGGGACAGAUGGGAGUGAAAAUGUGACAGGAAUAGACCUCUCAGAAUUCCCAGCACUUGCAGACAGAAGUCGGAGGGAGGGAAACGGCAACCCUACACCGUUGCAUAAUCCGCUGGCUGGAAGGGCACCCUAUGUUGGUAUGGUCACAAAGCCAUCGAACGAGCAGUCGCAGGACUUUUCCAUUCACAACGAAGACUUCCCAGCCCUGCCCGGGCCCAACUACAAGGACCCGACGUUGAGCACGGAUGAAAGCAAAUCAAGCUUGAACUCUUCAGGAAAGGGCAGCUCAAGUGUAGAUGGACCCAAGUUUCCCGGCGAUAAGACAUCAUCAGCACAGAAUAACAACCAGCAAAAGAAGGGGAUCCAGGUGUUGCCUGAUGGCAAGGUAACAAACAUUCCCUUAGGAAUGGUGACAGAUCAGUUUGGAAUGAUUGGACUCCUGACAUUCAUCCGUGCAGCUGAGACAGACCCUGGGAUGGUUCACCUGGCUUUAGGAAGUGACCUAACAACGCUAGGACUCAACCUCAACUCUCCAGAGAAUCUGUAUCCUAAGUUUGCAUCUCCCUGGGCUUCAGCUCCAUGUCGACCACAAGACAUUGACUUCCAUGUUCCCUCAGAGUACUUAACCAACAUUCACAUAAGGGACAAGCUGGCUGCAAUAAAACUGGGACGAUACGGUGAAGACCUGCUGUUUUACCUCUACUACAUGAACGGAGGAGACCUCUUACAACUCCUCGCUGCUGUUGAGCUCUUCAACCGGGACUGGCGGUACCAUAAAGAGGAGAGGGUUUGGAUCACAAGAGCACCUGGCAUGGAGCCCACGCUAAAGACCAACACCUACGAGAGAGGAACAUACUACUUCUUUGAUUGUCAUAACUGGAGGAAGGUUGCUAAGGAGUUUCAUCUGGAAUACGACAAGCUAGAGGAACGGCCUCAUGUGCCAACCACCUUUAAUUACAAUCCGGCCCAGCAGGCCUUCUGAAGCGGAGUCCGUCAGCGCCCGUGAGCUCUAGGAGCGACCGGCAACAGACAGACCUGCCUGACCACAAAAAACCUGGUUUUAUUCCUCAACUUCUGGACUAGGACUGCGGGAGGGGGAGGGGGGUGGCGGCGGUCUCCACCUUAAAAACUGGGGGGAGGGGCCCUGCCUUACAAAUAAUGUGCUGCCCGAACACAAAAGUUCUAUAUAUUUUCAUUCUGUUUUUAAAUUCCCCCAUUAUGUUUUUUUUCUUCUCCCUCCAUCUCAUUUGAGCAGGGUCAAUGUUUUGUUUACUCCUCUGAUGGAAAGCCCCUUUUGGUGUUUGCCUGGAGUCUUUGAAGUUGCAGUACAGCACACAAACACAUCCAUUGGUAUUCAAGAGAAAAAAACGCAGCUCGCGCUUUGUUUUCCGAAGCGCGCUGCGUAAACAAACAGGACAGACACAAAGACAAAUCCAAUACAUGUGAAUACACAAGGGCAAAAGAAAAUGCAAUGUUCAUUGUUGCACUAUUUAGUAAUAAAAGAACACAAAAAUUG